AAACAAUCCGAUUAGGAAUGUGUGGAAGGCGGUGAAGGAGGAGGAGAAGAUGGAAGAAAAGGAAAAGGAGGGAGAGAGGCAGCUUCUGCCGUGUCAUGUAUCUUGAGUGAAAUUCAAACCCAGGGUGCUGAGCAGGCAGAGCAGGGGCUCGGCUUCACUCACUGAACUUCACAGAGUCAAAAGACCACAGACGAGACCAACACCAACACAGCUUUGAGAGACACCAACAUGUGCAGUUUGUCAUCUGAUCUUUCUUGGCCAGGACUCGACUGAUACAAAGUGAACGUUUCUCUCUCCACACCAUCUAUAGCACACCAAAUCCAGCCAAGGAUAAAGACCAGCAGAAAUACAUCUGAAGAAGGCUAAAUCUGAAUGUACCCACAUUGCUUAGUUCUUGACUGCUGUAAUAAACCUUAAGGAGAAGGAGGUGCUGAUUUUCAAGAACUGUCAACAAAUGUUUCUUAAAGGUAAAGAAGAACCACAGAUAAGUGUUUUGAAAACAGAGAACGAUUUAAAGGCAGCGUAGCAAGUAAAACAUGAAGAAGAAUAUUCUUAUUUUACUUUAUUAAAACUAGAAUCAAGAUCAAGAAGAAAAAUCAAUAAAUACAAUAUAACGGGAAAAACAUGGAGCACCUUCCACAGACAAAAGGCAAAGGGGUCCUGAUGUUUGCAAGACGCCGUCAAAGGAUUGAUGAAAUAGCUGCAGAACAUGAGGAUCUGAGGAGUAAAGGCAUACCCGUGGAAGCAUUUGUGGAACCUGAGAUUGACACAUCAUUAAAGACUCAGGUGGACAUUCCUCCAGUCCAACAAAAUGAACAAGGCAAGCAUCAACUAAAGUAUCAGGAUCAUCAAACACAACAGCAGAUCUUUCUGCAGCCAGACACUCGUAUAAAUGGUCUGGACUCCUGUCAAGAUUCUUCAGGAUCCAAACCGCUCGUGCCCAAUAGAACAGCUAAGCCUUUUCUGAGUGGUCUGACUCAAUCUCAAGCUCAAUUUUCUCCUGAUAGAAAUGCCCCAAGUCCAACAAUAAUGAAAUCUGAAAGUUUUUUCAAGGUUCCAGUUCCAGUAAAAACAAGCCCACAGGUGUGGUCACCUACAGGAGAUAUAAUCGCCUCUCGUGAUGAACGGAUUGCUGUACCAGCUAUCAAGACUGUAAUUCUGCCUGAAAUGAAAAGAAGAGGAAAAAAUAAAACAAACUCUAAAGAAUCUCCAGAGGAAGACUACUUUAGUCUUGGUGCAGAGGCUUGCAAUUUCAUGCAAGCUCCAACCAUCAGACAGAAACAACCACCACCAGUCCUUCCCAAGCCUACAAUUAAUCCACUUUGCCCAUCCUGGUCUCCAGAAGUUCAGGCCAAUCGCAGUCCCCUUACACCAUCAAGUCCUCUUCCUGCACAAGAGAACUGGGCUGCACCUCAUCCACUUCAAUCUCAGCCAGCUACCAAACCCUGGGGUCAUUCAACAGCUCGAUCCACGCCACAGCAGCAGGCGUCUGACUAUUUACCAUCCAAACAAUCUGCUUCAUAUAAACCAACCUGGUCAUCAGAACAAAAACAGGCACUCACUACUGCAUCUCCCUCACAGCCAAGGUUCCCACAGGCUAAACCCCAAAGUAUCAGUUCUGUGAUUUCCUGCCCACCCCAAUCAGCAAGCCCAUAUGUUCGUCCGUCCAAAGCUCCACCCAUUUCUUCAAUCUCAGAAAUAGGGUCCUCUGAUGGCCCAAUGCUUAAGGGGAAGGGUGCAGAACUUUUUGCUAGACGACAGUCUCGUAUGGAGAAGUUUAUAAUAGAUGCUGAAACUGUCCAGGCCAACAUAGCCAGAUCCCCCUCACCCACCCUGUCCAUGCCAAGCACCUGGAAAUAUUCUACCAAUGUCCGAGCCCCUCCUCCUCUCUCCUAUAACCCCAUAGUAUCACCUUUCUACCCUCCAGCAGCACAGAAGCCAUCUCUUCCUGCAACAAGCUCAAGUAUGAAGCACAGAGGAAACAAAGAGAAACCAAAGACUGCACCCAAAACUCUCACUGUUAUGGAUGUGAUGAAACAUCAGCCAUACCAGCUGGACUCAUCCCUCUUCACCUACAGCUCCAACACCGAAACGAAGGGCUCAAGCCUCAAAACAUCUCCUGUCCCUCCUGCAGAGUUAAAGCAAACCCAGGGCUUUCUGCAUGCUUCGUCCCCAGCCCCUUCUACAGGAAGUGGCAAGUCUUUUCAGCAAAGUGCCAAACCCAGUGGACCGAUCUACAGCCGGAGCCGCUCCAUGUCCCUGCCCCGGAGACACUCCUCCAUGUCCACUGUGUCUCCGGUGUCCAGUCCACGUUUCCAUCCCAGCCAUGGACCCAUGGACAGGCAGUUGUCCUGGGCUGAAGCUCCUCAGAGCCCCCUGUGCCUAGUCAGUGAAGUCUUUGGCUCAGAAGAUUUCCAGAAUCCGAUUAGAAACAGUUUCCACUCUUCUGUGCACAGGAGGUCGGUGACGGAGGAGAAGCCGAUGGUUUACGGCCCACCGUUCAGACCAGCUCAGCCUCUUCCACUGGGCAGCAGAUACACCACCAGCUGCUCUCUUCCCAGGAAUUUCUCCCCUCUCUCACAGAAAGUCAGCUGGAGGAUGUAGAGAAGAGUGAUGCUGAGAUCCCCCUCAGCAUCACUUUUUAAAGAUCCAGGACCUUACAGAUGGAUGCACUGAGAGAUGUAGAGUGUGAUUACAGACUAGAGCUGGUGCUGUUUAGGAAAUUAAUUGAGGGAUGUUUGUAGAUUUUAUGGACUUUAAGGGGAGAGUGGGUCACAAUCUCACAUGGGGCACAUAGUAACAGACUUUAUUUAGUAGUUUCCACACACAGCUAUGAUGAAACUUUCUCUAUUUACUGGUUGCCAUGCCAACACUGUGUUUAAAACAUCACACCAAAAUUCAAAAGAAUUGAAGAUAUUAAUUCUUAAUUAUUAAAAUUCUAUAGUAAAAUUAAUUUUACUAUAGAAAACAUUUCACACAGGUGUUAAUUUUCAGCUCUGUGUUUCGUGUAAACAGAAAAUGGGGUUCAGAUUAAAUUUAAGGUUAUUUGUAUAUGUUCACACCACUGAGGCACAAUCUAAUGGUUUACUUAUUCUUUCCAUGUUUUUAUUCAUAAAACAUUAUCGUGUAUUUGUAAUAGACAGAUGAAAAAAUGUGAAAUUAGAAAAAUAAGUCCCUGUCCACAAUCUAGAGAAAACUAAAGGUGUUAAAUGUAAACUGAACACUGAAUCUUACAGCUGGGUGAAGUUUGUUUCAGAAGCUAUUAGGCUAAUGAUGCUAACAGUUACUUGCUAUCUGAUGUAAAACCAUUUAUCUGUACAUCUGCAUUAAACCACAUGAGGCUUUUAGAGCUUUUACCUCUAAACCCCACCCCCUGUCCCACCCACCAGGCUCUGUGUGCUAAGCCACACCCACCGGUCCCUGCUGUCUAGUUGGUUUGGAAUGAAUUUAUUUAGAUUAAAUAAAGAAAGUGUGUAAACGACACUAAUGCAUGUAUGUCCACAUACAGAAUGUUCCUUUAUUUUGUGUUUUGUUAAAGUGAGAAUUAAAUACAUGCUGACUCACUG